AUGGGAAUUGCAAAUUUCUACAAUAAACUAAUACAAACAGAUGCGAAAAUAAAAAAACUGAGAAGAGAUUACACAUUGAACGGCGAUCCAGGCGUCAAAUAUGAUUUGGAUAGAUCGAAAAGAUCUAUCGUUAAUCCAUUAUCAUUAUUUCAAUUCAAACUCAAUAAAGGCGUUGAUAAUAAAGCCAUCACUGAUGACGAAAUUUACAAUUUAACAUACCACAAUCUCUUUUAUCCACCGUUGUCAGCCAUAAAAAUUAAUAAAUACAAACCAAAAAGAUAUAAAAGAUACAGAAAUAUAACAGGCGAGCCGACAGGAUUUGUUAUAGAAAAGAAAAAGAUUUUUGUACAAUACAAACCGGAUACGCCAAAACGUAAGAUACCGAAGUGUUCCCAUGUACCGAAAGAUAGUAAAUCUCACGAGUCACAAAUGAAGCAUCCAUUUUAUAAGAAUACUCAAAGAUUAGACGAGCUAUUAGAUAAAUUCUUAGAUAGGAAUCUACCGGAAAUAAUGGCAGAUCCACAUGGUUUAGAUAAGCUUCUUAAAACAAAAGACAAUACAGAUAUUGAUAAUUCGGCAAAGCAACGGAAAUUAAUAAAAAAUAAGAAUAUUAAAUUUUUAAGCAAUGUUUCCAGUGCUGAGUCAAAUUUUGAAAAAGAUUUUUACAGCAAUAUUAAUAAUAUUGGAAUUGAGAAACCGAUGUCUACUACUGAUUCUUUUAGUGUUGCACUCAGUGUUUCUACGGUCGUCAGCCCAGCUCAUAAAAAAGGCACCGUACCAAUGAAAAUGUCACAUGUAAAUCCAAAUUUGAGGAAAUUAAUGCAAAUAAAUGAAGAAGAUGAGGAUAGUGUACUAUAUGAAGACUUCAAAGAAGUUCUAACUGAUGAUAUGGAAUCACAUGAUGAAACCGAUCGCAGUGCCAACAAAAAGAAGAGGUCGAAUGACAAUCAAUUUGAAGAAUCAAAAUCUCCAUAUGAAUCUAUAAAAACCAAUCCACCUGGAGUUCACAAUCCAAAUUGGAAAGGCCCGCUACCAUUAUAUCCAGAUGAAUUAAACACUAUGAUAAAACAAGCGGCAAUUGAAAAUACAAAUGAUAAAACAAAUAUACCAGUUGAUACAUAUGAAGAAACAAAUUCUAAAUUGGAUUUAAAUGAUGUACAAUAUGUUGAAGAUUAUGUUCACAAUAAAUAUGAUAAAUUAGCUAAAAUGGCACAAGCAUACAGUGACUACGGUGUACUUAAUGAGAAGAAGGAUUCUAGAAAUGAUAAUAAUCAAGAUAAAUCAAUGAAAAAUAGAGUUAAACUAUCUAUUCAAAAGCUUAAGUACUUUAAUAAUAAGCUAUUUAAUAGACUUAAAAAAGGUACUGAAUCCGAAGGCAUUAGGGUUGAAGUCAAACCUACUUCAAGUUCCCGUGAAGAUAUUAAUCAAUUGGGAUUUGUCAAAAAAAUACAGAAACACUUAAAAUUCACUAAUGAUCCUGACUCCGUUAUGCAGCAUCAAAGUUUCAAGCCCAUGGAUUCACAAUUUGUCCUUUUUUCAACUGCAACACCAAAAGCAAUUAAUCUUGAAGAUAUUACAACUACAAAUAUAUACGAUGAAGAUAGAGGUGCAAUUCCAUCGAUGGGCAAAGACAAAUUAGAGAAGAAACCUUUUUCGAAUGACAAAGGAAAUUAUUUUGAUAAUGACAAUAAAUAUCAUUAUAGAAAGCGAUCUUUGAAGGCCGUAGAAAUUGAUAAUAAACCCGAAAAUGAUGAUGAUGACAAUGAUGUUCUUGAAAACGUUAAUCGUUCAUAUGAAAUUUCAAAUGAUUGGGACACUAUUGUAGGAUUUUAUCGAAAACGUUCAUUAAAAUUCAUUUCCGAUCAAAAUAACACUAAUAUGGAAUCUAAUACUGUUGAUUGA